CAUGAUGCCGCGGUGCGCUAACGUCGCUCUGGUAGUUUGAAUUUUAAAAACUCAUAUAUAUUUGUGAAUAUUACAAAAAGUGUACAGUAUGGUGGGUAGAAAGUGCUUAUUGUUAACGAUCUUCGCCGUCCUGGCGUCGGUUUUGGACGGACAGACCUUGGGAGGUCCUAUGCAUGGUAAGGUUGUGGUGUGCUACGUCGCGACCUGGGCAGUUUACAGACCUGGUGCUGGAAAGUUUGAUUUAUCUGACAUCGAUCCAACGUUGUGCACCCACCUCAUAUACUCCUUCGCUGGCUUGGAUCAGAGUACUGGCGGAAUAAAGAGUCUCGAUCCGUGGCAAGAUUUGGAAAAAGAUUAUGGAAAAGGUGGAUACAAAAGGCUCGUGUCCCUCAAAGCGAAAUAUCCUCACCUGAAGGUCACUGUGGCUAUCGGUGGAUGGAACGAAGGUUCCAGCAAAUACUCCGAGAUGGCGUCCAAAAAUGAAACUAGGGCGAAGUUUGUGCAAAGUGUGGUUCAGUUUUUGGACACCUACAACUUUGACGGACUGGAUUUGGACUGGGAGUAUCCGACUAAGAGAGGAGGAGCUCCUGAAGACAAAGCAAAUUAUGUAGCCAUGGUCAAGGAACUGAAGGAUGCCUUCGAGAGUAGAGGCUAUAUUCUAACAGCGGCUCUCGGCGCCGGCAAAGACACCAUGGACUCAGCCUACGACCUCGCGAAACUCAGUCGAUACCUGGACUUCAUUCAUAUGAUGUGUUACGACUACCACGGAACUUGGGACAAAAUCGUCGGAGCCAACGCUCCCUUGAGGGGGACCACUGAUGACGACGUCUUGAGUGUGGAAUAUACAAUCAAAUAUAUGCUAUCACACGGAGUCAGUCCUUACAAGCUCGUUCUCGGCCUACCGUUGUACGGACGAAACUUCUAUCUGACUAACCCAGCGGAGAGGAAUAUAAAAUUUGGAGUAACUCCAGUCAAGGACGUCGGGUUCUCUGGACCCUUUACAAGAGAAAACGGUUUUAUAGGAUAUAACGAGAUCUGCAUGGAGAUUACUAACAAGUCGUCUAAGUGGAGUCACCACUGGGACGAGCGAAGUUCUACGGCCUACCUCCGAGACAACGACCGCGUCAUCACUUACGACAACCCUAGGUCCAUCGCCAUUAAAGUGAAAAUGGCUAUUGAUUACGGUCUGGGCGGUUUGAUGGUGUGGAGCAUGGACACGGAUGACUUCAAGGGCUCCUGUGAUAAGGAAGCUGAUACCUAUCUGGAUUACGUGGAGAGAUACGAGGAAAUAAAAGAUGACCCCGUUCUGAUGAAGGCGUUGAAGAACCUUAAACUACCGGACGCAAACCGUAUAGAGAACCUCAGUAGACGCACGUCUUACGUGGCGGCCAACAACAAGCUCCACCUGCGUCUGCCGGAGCCAGAGUACUCCAACUACAUCAUAAUGAGGACCAUCAACGACGCGACCACCCUCGCGUUAGAGGAGAAGAGAAUAUUUGAUGAGAUGAAGAGAGUCACUAAAGAGAAUGAGGUUACACCUGGAGACGAUCCAGGUGCGUCCAGCAUGAUGUAUGGCAGUGUAUUGUGUGUAGCCAUGGGUGUACUGCUGUUACAGGUCUUGGUAUGAUCAGGGUACUGUUGGGUAGAGCGCGUUGAGUAUGAUAAAUGUAUAUAAUAUAUUAGUUGUUAGUUUAGAUUUUAAUGCGACAUGAGUUUUUUUACGAUCUUAAAUUGAUUUGUAUAAAAUGUGUUUUUGUUUAUUCUAACAUAAAUUUCAGUUUUCAUUCUGUACAUGACAAAUUUAUUUUUCAUUUUUCAUUUCCUUCUCGUUACUUCGUAUCAAAUGUGUGUCCUAAUGUUUUUGUACGUUAUUAAAUACUCUAUUUUGUGAUACCUACAUUUUCUGUUAGAGAGAUUUUAUUAUUUUUUGUCAUAAAAUAAAGUGUAUGGAUGGAU